AUGCCGGGACGCAACCGACGCGUCCGGCUGCUGGCCAUCGCCGCCUGCAUCAUCACCAUCUUCUUCCUGUACGAGCGGAACACAUCGAGCUCCUAUCUCUCGCCGAUUCCAGUUCACUGGAGUAAGCAGCCCGAGCGCUGGCCCGUUACGUCCACCAUUCAGCUUCCGACAGGAACACCGGUCCCCAUACCGCGCAUCCAGUCCGCGAAGAGGGGUGCUGAUGUCAAUCGUCUUCGAGCGAUCAAAGACGCGGCCAAACACGCCUGGAAAGGCUACAGAGACUUUGGCUGGGGCUUUGACGAGGUUGCUCCUGUGUCUGGCGUGGGCAAGAACAGUUUCAAUGGCUGGGGAGCGACCUUGGUGGAUUCAUUGGACACGCUGUGGAUCAUGGGUCUCAAGGACGAAUUCGAGGAUGCAGUCAACCAGACUUCGUACAUCGACUUCACCACGUCAUCCAGGAACGACAUUCCCAUGUUCGAAGUCACCAUUCGAUACCUGGGAGGUUUGGUUGCAGCCUACGACGUGUCUGGCCAGAAGUAUCGCGUCUUGCUCGACAAGGCCGUAGAGCUCGCUGAGAUCCUGUACAGCGCCUUCGACACGCCCAAUCGCAUGCCAGAGACGUACUAUUACUGGAAACCAACAUUCGCGUCGAAUGGGCACAGAGCAAGCACACGAGUUGUGCUCGCCGAGCUAGGCACACUGAGCUUGGAGUUCACGAGGUUGGCGCAAAUCACCAAGGAGCCCAAGUACUACGACGCAGUUGCCAGAAUCACAGACGCUCUCGAGGAAUGGCAGAACAAGACGAGGCUGCCGGGCAUGUGGCCGAUCUCUGUCGAUGCGAGCGGAUGUGCCAAGCCAGGACUCCGCGCGCCCGGCACGACUAGUGCGCAGACGUUCACCAUGGGUGGACAGAGUGACAGCGUGUACGAAUAUCUACCUAAAGAGUAUCUACUCCUCGGUGGACACCUCGACCAGUAUAAGACGAUGUACUUGAACAGUAUGAAGCCCACUAUCGAGAAAUUGAUGUUUCGUCCGAUGACUCCAGGCGAUCUGGACAUUCUCAUCUCUGGAGAAGUCACGAUUCAGAAUAACUACACCACGGGCGAAUGGUAUGAGACUCACACCCCCAAGGCCGAGCAUCUUACAUGUUUCAUUGGUGGCAUGUUGGCAAUGGGCGGCAAGAUUUUCAGUCUGCCAGAGCAUGUAGAGAUUGGGAGAAAGCUGACAGACGGCUGUAUCUGGAGUUACAACUCCACCACCACGGGAAUUAUGCCCGAAUCAUUCUUUGCUACCCCGUGUAAUAGCACGACAGAGUGCCAGUGGAAUGAAACCGACAAGAAGUACAUUCUCCGACCGGAAGCCAUCGAAUCCGUCUUUUACAUGUAUCGCAUCACAGGCGAGCAACACUGGAGAGAUGCCGGAUGGGAGAUGUUCAAGGCCGUGGAAGCGCACACGCGAGCAGAGUUUGGGCACUCGGCCAUUGAUGACAUCUCCAAAGCGCAUCCCGAGCAUGUGAAUGGUAUGGAGUCGUUUUGGAUUGCGGAGACUCUCAAGUACUUUUAUCUCUUAUUCGACGAGGAGGAUAAGUGGAGUUUGGAUGACUGGGUGCUUAAUACCGAGGCGCAUUUUUUCAGGCGGCCCAAGUCAUGA